AUGGCCUUCACAGAAGUUAACGAAGAUGACGCGGCAGAUUCCAGUAGCUUGGAGACCCUUGGUCAUGAUUCCGACGACUUCGAGGACGACUUGAAAUAUUUGACAUCCGGGGACGAGUUGACCAGGGCAGAUAUGGCAUCAUGGACGGGACAACCUCAUGUCAAGGGCUCCACGGAGGCCAUGCGAAUGGUGUUAUUGACCUUCUCCCUGGUUGGUCUACAAUUUACGUGGGGCAUUGAGAUGACUUACUGCACUCCCUAUCUCCUCCAACUCGGUCUCACGAAGAGUAAAACAUCCCUUGUUUGGAUCGCGGGUCCGCUUUCGGGGCUUAUAAUGCAGCCCAUCGUUGGCGUCAUCGCGGAUAGAUCUACAUCGAAAUAUGGCAGACGGAGACCGUUCAUGGUGCUGGGAUCAGUGUUGGUGGCGGCUUGCCUUUUGGUUCUGGGUUGGACGAAAGAGCUAGUGGGACAUUUUGUUGAAGAGGGCGAUUUUAGGAGGACCGUCACAAUCACAGUCGCUGUCCUGUCAAUUUAUGCGGUGGAUUUUGCCAUCAAUGCUGUCCAAUCAUGCUGUAGAAGCUUGAUUGUGGAUACUCUCCCGAUUCCCAAGCAGCAGGCAGGGAGCGCGUGGGCAAGUAGGAUGAUUUCUGUUGGUCACCUUGCUGGGUACAUUGCCGGCACGGUAGAUCUCGUUGGGAUGUUUGGAACCUCAUUCGGGGAUACUCAAUUCAAGAAAUUGAUAUUAGUAGCCGCUUUUGGUCUGAUUUUCGCUGUUGGGGUCACUUCGUGGGCUGUAACAGAACGCGUUCUAGUGUCUAGCAAAAGUGCAGAUUCCAACGAUGGAUUCGUCAAGAUCAUCGCUAAGAUAUUUUAUGCUGCCACGCAUCUUCCUCCCCGUAUUCAAGCGAUUUGCACUGUGCAAGUAUGGACUUGGAUUGGAUGGUUUCCAUUCCUGUUCUAUAGCACAACAUGGGUCGGAGAGACGUACUUCAGAUACGAUGCUCCCCAUGAUGUUAAGCAAUCGAAAGAUGCAUUGGGCGAUAUAGGGAGGAUCGGCAGCAUGUCUUUAGUCGUCUUCUCACUUGUGACUUUCGUCGGAGCCUUCUUCCUACCCCUUCUCAUCAAGUCCCCCGAGGAGUCGUCAGGUUUCACAGCUCGACCCCCACAAGCCAUCGCAGCAAUCGUCUCAAAAUUCAACAAAUACAAGCCGGACCUUCUCACCGCAUGGAUCUGUGGACAUCUGCUCUUUAGCGGUGCAAUGUUCCUUGCACCCUUCGCCCACUCAUUCCGCGUUGCCACCUUCCUCGUCGCAUUAUGUGGCUUUCCUUGGACACUCGCUACAUGGGCUCCAAACACAUUCUUAGGAAUAGAAGUCAACCGUCUCAGCGGCACUGCCACAAGCACCUAUCGACGUCUCUCCGUGAGCGACUCGAUCGAGCUCGGAUCUCCCCUCACUCCUUCUACCCCCUCCUUCCUACGUCUCGACCAUGGCCUCCCUGAUGAAGCCGUCGCUUCAACAGGCGAACUCUCGGGUCUGUACUUUGGAAUCCUGAAUAUCUACACUACGAUUCCGCAGUUCAUAGGGACGUUCAUCAGUAUGAUCGUUUUCAGCAUCUUGGAGCCGGGGAAGAGUCCCGAGUUAGCGCAUGAUGCGCAUCCAGACGAGCAUCAUGGUACGGAUGGCCCAAAUGCGAUUGCGGUUUGUCUAUUCAUUGGAGCGAUAUGUAACGUUGGUGCUGCGUUUGCGACGAAGCGUCUGAAGGAUCUGCAAUGA